AUGAUCAUCUGGAGUCAAGAUAAGAAGUGGGACCGGCCACAUUGGCUGAACGUUAUCAACGUUGGCUCCACUCCCAGUUUCCAUGGUUCUUGGUCCACCCGAUUCUUGAUUGAUAAUCAGGCGGAAGUCGAAAACGAUAACGGAUUAAUCACCGCCCCAAUUAAGUGUGUUGAGUGCAGUCGUGAUGAUAACAACUUGAACGAUAAUCUUGGACCGGACAUGCCUGUAUAUAAUGCUUCAACUUGUAUGGCCGCGGAAGCUCUGGCCACGCUCUCAUUGACGAGGACUACGCUCGCUUCUCCAUUGGCGCCUCAAUCUGAACUUAUUCUAUUCAGAUCUCUCUUGAUCACAUCAGACUCGAUACACAACAUCCACAUUGAUUACAGCGAAGAAGACUUCGAGGGUGAAGUUAAGGUGGUCUACGGAGACUGUGAUAUACUGGAUCAAAACCAAGGGCAUCAUGACAUUGCUUCACAUUGGAUCAAUAGGACCAGACGCCCCAACCGACUCGUUUGGAUCGUUCCCAAGGCCAUCGUACACGGAGGCUGCUUACAGGCUUACUCAGGAUCGACACUCAUUGGGCACUCGACUCCGAUAUUUGUAAAGCACCAACCCAAGAAGAGAGAGGAAAUCUCGAAGGUAGCCGACAUGAUGGGCCCUUGGUUUGAUGGUGUAGCCUAUAUGCAGUCCAAACACAACAACGGUUCAUUUGUAACAGUUGAGAAGAGCAAAAAGAUCGCCAUCGUUGGAGGAGGAAUGUCAGGAUUGAUGACCAGCCUCCUUCUGGACUCCGUGGGUGUCCAUAAUUGGCAUAUGAUCGAAUCCUCACACCGUAUCGGAGGACGUAUUCGAACCAAGUAUCUUGCCGGUAGCACCCCAGAUCAGUAUCAGUAUCAAGAGAUGGGCCCCAUGCGCUUCCCAGUAUCGACCAACUAUGCAGGCACAAACGAAACUCUAGACAUCCAGGACCAUAAGAUGGUCUUUCAACUUGCAGAUGAAUUGAACCGGAUGAAUGGCAACGACAGCAGCCUUUCCAUCAACUUCAUUCCAUGGAUUCAAGCUAGCGACAAUGUACCAGCCAACUCAAAUGGUUUCCGACUGGAAAACGGACGCAUUCCUAGCGCAGCAAUGAUUAGAGCUAACCGAACCGCGAAUACAUUGCCAGCUGCAGAAGGUCCGGAUGUGGUGGCCCAAAUACAAGCCGAAGCAGCUCUCGAAGAAUUCAUCGGCAUUGACCCUGGUGUCCUCCAAAAUGUUUCAUUAAAUAUAUAUCAAGCACACAGGGAGGCUGUCAAAAAAGGCUUGUUCAAUUGGUCUGAGGCUGCAUAUCUCAGGUAUGCGUUGAAUCAGAGCACUGACGUGGUGGAUUUUAUGAAAGGCACUGGGAACAGCCCAAUGUGGCAAUAUAACACGGUAUACAGUGGUGCGACAACCUGGCGAACAAUCGAUAAAGGACUCGAGACGCUCCCUCAAGCUUUCCUCCCACAUGUGCAGAGUCGGCUGACGCUGGGCCGCAAGAUUACUGGUUUGGAUUAUGAUAGUGAUGGCGAAAAGGUCACGGUCGAAUGGCGUCGGGAUCCUUUCGACUUGGAGACCCAAAGUGAGCAAUAUGACUAUGCUGUCGUCUCGGCUCCAUUUUCGAAGGUGAGACUUUGGAAUCUCCCUAGGUACUCCUCGCUUUUAUCCCGGGCUAUCAGCAAUAUGAAUUAUCAGCAGUCGUGUAAGGUCGCACUGCAUUACAAGACACGUUUCUGGGAGAAGUUAUCACCCCCAAUCCUCGGUGGCUGCGGUUCUGUUGAUAUACCAGGCGUUGGAUCGGUUUGUUACCCAUCAUACAAGAUCAACUCAACGGGACCGGGCGUCAUUCUUGGUUCCUAUCUUUCCGGCAGUAUAGCUCGCUCACUUGGUGCUCUAAGCACAGCCGAUCACAUUGCCCUCGUCCAACGUGCUAUGGUAGAGGUUCAUGGAGAGGUUGCGAAUGAGCAAUUCACUGGCGCGUUCGACCGCCAGUGCUGGGAGACAGACGAACAUUCAGCUGGUGCUUGGGCUGCACCCCUUGUCGGCCAACAAGACCUUUACCUUCCCGCGUAUUAUAAGACAGAAAUGAAGACGAUCUUUAUCGGCGAACACACCAGUUACACUCACGCCUGGAUCUUCUCAGCGCUGGACUCUGCAGUGCGUGGGACCUCCCAGCUGCUGUUAGAUAUGGGUCUGGUGGACGAAGCGAAGCAAAUUGUUGAGACUUGGAUGGGCAGGUGGAUCCACAUGUAA